UCGAGUGAGUGACGUCAGACAGGAACCAGUGGAAGGGAGCCUGAUAUAUCAAGAUGGCGUCCCUCGGCAGAAAAGGAAAGCAUUUUCAUAAUAUAUAAAACAUUUUCGACCGUAAAUACAAUUGAAGCAGCGCAUCAAUAAAAGACCAAGUCACAUUUGUAAGAGCGAGACGGACCAGAUACAGGGUAUCUAAAUGGCUACAAGGAAGUCCGUAUCAGAUGCAUACAACAAUGGACCCAUCAGCUACCUUGAUGAUGUUCCUUUCAAGGUCAAUGAAAAGUUUCGCUGUCCUGCCAAAGUGGGGCUACCUGUUGGCUUUUGUAUGCCAGACUGCAGUUCUUUGUUGGCGAGCACACAGUAUGACUUUUCUCUGGAGAAGCGGACUGUUCGCUGGGGGAUGGAGCUGGCUGAGGCGCGAGAAGCAGAGGCACGUGCAGAAGAGGCCGCAGCAAAGCAGGUGGAAGAAAAUCAAGAAACCUCGGCUCAGCCUGAGGACCCUAAUAACGGUGGAGGAAAGAAAUCUCAAUCUGCUGUUGGGGAUCACGACCUUCCCCCUCCAGCAAUGAACCCUGUCCUGGCGGGACUAAACCAUGAUGCUAUACUCACUCCUCUGCCUGCCCCAAGUUUUGGUCUGAGGAAAAUCCAACCUAGCACUCCUCAACCACACGGCCUCAACCUUGCUGACUUUGAGCGAGAAGAGGAUCCGUUUGACAAACUGGAGCUUAAAACGUUGGACGAUAAAGAGGAGCUUCGAAACAUUCUUCAGAGUCAGCCUCAACCUGCUCCUUCUGGAUCCCCUCCGGAUGGGUCCCAGCAAGCGCCAGCUUCACGUGGAAACAGCCCAUCUCCUCCUAUCAACACCAGCCUUCCAGUGAAACCAGGCUUUGCUCAUAAACCCAAUGGCUUGGUUUCCUUGAUGGAUUUGGACAGAGUUGGGCACCAAGGGAGAUCAGGUUUUGAAGCCGAGGAUCGGCCCUGCAAUAUCCGCUCUCUGACUUUUCCCAAACUUUCCGAUUCUGGGGAUCCUGAGCCAGUUAAAUACAGCCCACGCCCUGCACCUGUGCCUACUCCACGACAGAACCUUCCUAAUGGCAGUCCCCCAAUUAUACACAAGUCCCAAGUUAUUGUUGCACCAGCGCACUUCAGCUUCAAUAAGAGUGGUGGACCAAAACAGGCAAACUCUGGAUCAGGUUCUGCUGGCUUGCCAUGUGGGGGAGCCUUGCUUAGCAUGACCCCUGGUGAGCGCCAAUGUGUGGAAACCCUUGUGGGCAUGGGUUAUUCUUAUGAAGGUGUUCUUCGGGCUAUGCAGCGACAAGGGCAGAAUGUGGAGCAGGUAUUGGAUUAUCUCUUUGUCCAUGGACGUCUCUGUGAACGGGGCUUCGAUGCAAGCGCAGUGGAGGAAUGUUUAGAGAUGUACCAAUGCUCAGAAGAAAAGGCGUUGCAGUUCCUUGAGCUGAUGUCCAGAUUCGGUGAAAUGGGAUUUGAGCGGGAGACCAUUAAGGAGGUGCUCCUGGUCCACAACAACGAUCAGGACAAGGCGCUAGAGGACUUAAUGGCACGGGCUGCGGCUAGCUGAGCCAAGCCAAUGAAGUAACUGCUGCAGGGCUCGUUUCCUGGUACCACCUCACAGCCCCUUUUUUUCUGCCCACCCAAUCACACCAUGUCCUGCAACAUGUGCUUGCCUUGGCUGUGGAAGGGACAACUGGGAGAGUAGUUGUUCUAUUUCAUACCUCCUGACUGACAGAAGCCCUAUGCUAAAUUGUAUUGUGUCUCAAGCACUUUGUGCCAAGAGUAACAAUACUUGAACAGUGUUUCUUUCUGAUAAAGACUGAGGUUAGGUUCCAGGAACUGGUACUGCUAGGGUAUUCAAUAAUGGAGAGGAGGAUCUAGAAAAAUUGGGCUGUUGGCUUCAAUGCCAUCUAUAUUUGCUUCCUCUUGGAAGUGCUGAUAUGACUUUGGGUCAGAACUGGGAGGAGGUUUAACUCUUGAAACUGCCACCUUUCUCCGCUCAGUGCAGAUCUUGUAAGUGAUGGAAAGGAUAAGGGUUCUUUGAAUUUAAACCAACAAGCAUCAAGAGUGAGUAUGAACAUCAAGGGCACAGUGACCAGAGAGAGAAAGAUCUUACUCAAGAAGUGCCCCCUCUGCUCCGGCUCACUGUACCUUCUUCUUUAAUGUGCGUUUCUCUUCUUGUUUUGGGCACUUUUUCAUGUCACUUUCAAUAGAUUUCACAUUAAUUGAUUUAUGCAUUCAUUAUUGCAUCAAUGAAAAUAAGCGAUACGGCUGCACUGGAGCAACCUGGCAGCAAAAGAUUGAGGGUCUUUCCUUUUGUUUAAAAAGUAUAUAAUACAUCUACACACCACUGGCAUUGACAUGUCUUACGGCACAAAUAUUUCUUUCGUAGUUUUCAAGUUAUUUAAUUCAGUACACUGAUACUUUAAUUUGAACAUAGUUUGAUAUAAUGUAAAGAUGAUAACAAAAAUGACACUUUCAUUUGUUUGCAUACUGGAAAGGCGUGGAUGAGGUUUGAGGAUGUGUGUUAAGAGUUUUAUUUUCCAGUCACAUCACAGUGCAAUAGAGAGAUAUAAUCUAACUGUUAACUGGCACUUUGAGCCGCUUUAGUUGUUGGGAGAUUGGGAACAUUCUUCAAAUCUUGCUGAAAAUUUGUAUGUGACUCGACAUUAUGUCACCAAAACUAACCGAGUCAUAUGUUUUGAGGAAUAAUCUUAAUGAGAUAUUUUGCCAAACAGUACGUUACGUCAAAGAUAAUACACAGCAAGAAAAUGAGUCUCUAAAUUGUUAAGCAUUAAUGGCAAACGGAGAAACAUAGUUUUGACUGACGGUCAACAUUAUCUAUCUGGUCAGGGUCAAAUCAGUACAUGUCCCUACUAGAAUACCAAACAAUAUUACGUGGAUGUUUAUUUUUUAAAAUUUGACCCAGAAUGGCAAAAUGUCAUAUUCUAGGCAUGAACACUUAAUCAGUUUUUAGAAAUAUAUCAUCCUAUUUCAUUAACUGUAAAUGUUUUUAUUGUUUUUUUUUUUUUUUUGGGGGGGGGGGUCACAAUACAAUUAUUAACAUUACACUAAUCUUCAAUUCUGUUAAGUGGUUUUCCCUGUUAAUUGGUUUAAACAUCGUUGUUCACUUACUACAACUUCAAACUGAAGAGGAUAAUGAUACUGUAUUAAAUUGAGGUACAGGCAAGAUUUGGUGUCUAUGGGAUGUACAGUUGGUUUAGGGGCCUUUUCAAUGCUAUAGACUCAAUUCAAGAGUUAGCACAUACUUCUAAUUUAUCUGAAGGAUUCUGUUGGUUCUCAUGUAUGGUGACUUGAGUGUCCAUAAUAGGACGUUAUAAGUUGAAUGACUUCUUGAACUGUGGGUUCUUGCAAAUGUUCUGCCUCCUCUUCUGUCACUUGGAAGGUCCCAAUGAUUAAAUACGCAAAUCAGUUCAGUA